CAUCAGCAGUGCCACGUCAGACACAGUGCCACGUCAGACAAAGUGCCAUGUCAGACAAAGUGCCACGUCGGCAGUGCCACGUCAGCAACAUGACGGGCCUGCCAGGCCAACUGGCCAAUGAGCCCAUUGCCGACUACAAAAAGCGCCUCCAUGCUCAGCUCGCUGCAAUCGAGGCUGAGGAACAACGCCAGCUGGCAGUCAAGGCUGCCCAGCUACAGGCUGAUGAAGCGGCAACAGCAGAGAAGCUGCGCCUACAGGCCGAAGCAGACGCAGAUGCCCAGGCUCGCCACAAGGAAGCCCAGGCUCUGCUGCAGCGGCAUGAAGCCAACAGCAUCGAGAAACUCAAGUACUGGCAUUUUGAACCAAACGGCGACGAGGCAACACCGGAAGAGCAUCAUAAGGAGUUCAUGGCCAAGCUCGUGAGCAGCAGUGCAUCCUCUAGCCGCCAACUGGAGGAACGCGUUGACCACGUAGUGGCAAUGCUAGGAGACAUAAGUGUCUUCACAGAGCCGGCCACCAUCAGCCAGCGGUUCGAGUUGCUGGACACUAAGAUCAGUCAGCAACAGCAGACUGACCACAGCCACAACAACAGCUCGGCGAGGCCAUACAAGAUGCCGACGUUCCGGAUCGAGAAAUUUGAUGACUACACACAUCAAGACCCGGUCGUCUGGUGGCAAGGAUUUACAACGGAGUUGGGGAUUCACGAAGUCCCUGACCAUCUGUUCAUCAGUGCUCUGUUCAUCAACACCAAGGGAGGCUGUCAAAUCUGGCUCAGCCACAUGGCAACCAUCCACGGCGUCCAGGUUUCAGACCUGUACAAGAAGGUCUCCUGGGAAGACAUGACAAAGGAAUGGAAGAAGCGGUUCAUCGUCGACGACGCCCCGGCACUCGCCGUCAACCGCAUCUUCACGGUAGCUCAAGGGAGCACACCGACACGUGACUGGCUCACGGAUUGGCAGAAAAUCGUGGCGACGCCCGAUUUGGACUUGUCAUUUCCGCAUCUGCGACGUGAGUUCUACAACAGGUCAUGCGCCGCUCUCAGCCUCGCACUUGGUGAUCGCGAGCAGUACAACACUUUCGAGGAAAUAAUCAACAAGGCGAGAGAGCUCAUCAAGACUAACAGGCCGGCUGCACACGAGAAGUCCACGUGGCAGCCAACCUAUGUGGAGAAGGUACGAACUGGUCCGCGACAGCAGCAGUUCGCUGCAGUCCAGUUGGACAGUGGAGAUAACCCAGCAGCCACUCCAGCAUCAAGUGACGGAGAUCAGGUGGCUGUUGUCCAGCCGCGAAGCAACAACAAGUCCCGCAACAAUGGGAAGGCGAAAUCCGCAUCGCAGGCAGGAAAUGGACAGCCAGGACAAUUUCCAUGGGUCAAGUUUGGCUUGACCGAGGCGGAGUACAAGGUCCGCGGCCGCUACGGCAGCUGCUACUGGUGCAACAGCACCAAGGACAAGACCUCCCUAUUCGGUCGCCUUGCUAGCGGCCUCCUGCACAUCUGGGAGGAUGCGAAUGUCGCAAGUCCUCGGUAUACUUACGAGGAUUAUGCUGUCYACUUGGUUCCACCGCUGGACCAACCGCUCCACGUGCAACAGUCCACCGCAUGCACGGUUUCAUCACCAUCGGCAACCGAUUCGACAGCUUCGCCGCAAUCUAUCGUMGGGGAUUCGACGUCAUGGUCAAGACUUGAAGAGCUCGACCCAUUGACGCUCACGGACUUCCAGUGGAUGCCCGUUCCCUCGACCGCACGAUUGCCGAAACCGCAUUGCAACGUGCUUAUGGCACAAUUGCGGGACUACUUGCACACUGCAGUACCAGCUCCGUUGAUGGACGCCGGAGUAGAGGUUGUCGACCUUCACGUUUACAUCGCGAAGAUCGACCGCGAGUUCAAGACGCAACGGUACGACGACAUCGACGCACCAUUGCUAUACAUACGCAUGCAGAUCGGAGAGGCGACCUGCAGUGCCUUGAUCGAUUGCGGAGCAUCUCGCAACUACAUCAGCCAGGACUUCAUGGCACGCGUCGGCCUUGGCCCACAUGUCCCGAGGAAGUCCCAGCCUACGCAAGUCACUUUGACAGACGGUCAUACUGCAUUGACGCCGUCCCAGUGUACUUUUCCCCUCACCUAUGUGACGCCGCAAGGCAUCUGUCCGCUUGCGGACAAGAUCGAGGCCCUACGAGUAUGGCCCGAGCCCACCAACACCACGGACGUUCGUUCAUUCAUGGGGUUGGCGGGCUACUAUCAGCGAUUCAUCACCGGAUACUCCAGGAUUGCUGCACCUAUGACGAGGUUACAGUCGCCAAAGGUGCCAUUCGUAUUCGAUGACGACGCACGCCGGUCAUUCCAAGCACUUAAGACGACUAUGCUCAUGGCACCCGUCCUUAGCAUCUAUGACCCCACCCUGCCGAAGCGAGUGACUACGGACGCUUCCGGCUAUGGUAUUGGGGCAGUCUUGGAACAGCACGACGGCGACGACUGGCACCCUGUGGAGUAUUUCAGCCACAAACUGCCUCCCAUCAACUCGCUUGAUCAUGCAAGGAAGAAGGAGUUGCUCACAUUCGUGAUGGCUCUCAAGCGUUGGCGGCACUUCCUCCUUGGGCGUCGUAGUUUGCCGACGCAGCGGCCCCGCAACCGCAAUCCCUACGGCGAGUUACACCCGAUGCCUAUCCCACGGGAACCCGGUCUCUCCAUUGCCAUGGACGUCACCGGUCCGUUCCCUCGCGACCGGCUCGGUAACGACGGCAUCCUCACGGUGGUGGACCGAUGGAGUAAGUACGCGCGUUUUCUCCCUUGCAAGUACUACUCCACGGCUCCCGAGCUGGCACGCCUCCUGCACACUGGUUGGAUUUGUGGCCACGGUGUACCAGAAGACAUUGUCAGCGACCGCGACACUCGUUUCAUGUCGGUGUUUUGGACUGCUCUCAUGCAGGAGUCCGACACAACAAUGAAACCAAGUUCGGCUCGACAUCCUCAGACAGACGGGCAGACGGAGCGGGCACAUCAAACUGCUCAAAUGAUGCUUCGUACGCUCAUCCGUCCGAACCAGAAAGAUUGGGUUGACUGCCUCCCCGACAUCGAGUUCGCCUACAACACUUCGGUGCAUCCGGCGAUCGGCGUGACUCCAUUCGAGUUGCACCACGGUGGACGGAAAGGCCAGACCUUCGCAGACCUUCUCCUCCCUCGACCAGCCGACAUUGACGCUGCCUGCUCUCCCGCUUCCGUCCGGAAGUACAGGGAAUUGCUGACUCAAGCCCACGCAAAUAUGCAAAAGGCUCAAGUCCACAUGCAGCAGCAAGCCAACAGGCGUCGCGUACCAUGUCCCAUCCGCGCCGGUGAUCUGGUUUGGGUCUCCGCGGAAGAGUUUGCACUGGAACAGGAYGUUUCACGCAAACCGCUUCCCAAGUGGUUUGGACCUUGGUCUGUGACAGCAGCCGCGGGCGAUGAGCCCGAUGGCCCUUCAUUUGUGAUCAACAUUCUAGAGCGUUUGACGGUCCAUCCGGUCUUCAACGCCUCGAAGCUGGCAACAUACACGCCAGCCAAGAGCGACGACUUUCCGGACCGACGAUCGCAGGACCCUCCUUCUAUGGAUGGCCAUCAGGAAGUUGACCGCGUCAUCUCCGAUCGCAAGUACGGCAGCAAGCCGCGGCAGUACAAAGUCACAUUCAAAGCAUGCGAUCGCGACGACACUCGAUGGAUUUCAGGCGCAGAUUUGAAAGCAUCCGCACCGCUGAUCUACGCGCAUUAUGAAAAGCGCAGGUUAGCUCAGGAAGCUUCACGACCAGCCCCUCCCACCCGGACAGUGAUCCCUCCCUCAGACAGACAACUUCGCCCUCGCAGGUAAGCUCGGUUCUUCGAGGGGGGGGGUGUGGCACACGGGCCCUGCAAGGCCCGUCCCGGACAUUCAGCCUAAAAGGCUAAAACUUAGGGCUUACAGGCCCCGUUCGUUUCAGCCUCGAAGCUGAAAAAGGAGGGCCUGCAGGCCCUACCCCGUUUCAGCCUAUUUCUGGGUCUUUUCAGACCCAGAGUUUUCAGCCUGAAACGGAGGGCCAUUUUCAGGCCCUCAUUGUUUCAACCUGCCCCUAAGACUC